UUCAAAUUUUGGAUGGCACACAGCACAUCUUUGCGGUUCUUCACCGGCUUCUCUCUCUCCUUUUCUCUUUGUCUAAUUAUAGAUCUUCAGACGAUGAUUAUAGCACUCUAAUGAUUUCACAGUAAAACAGAUUACAUGAGUAUAGAAGAAUAUCUUGAAGACGAUGAAGAACCACCUUUACUGCGCAGCUCCUGUCUGUCUCAUCCUGUUGGAGUUAUGGGGGACAUUAGCGGCACAGUGUCAGUGGAACGAGGGCUGUGUGUGUCCACUCUGUCCAUCAGGGCAGGAGCCCACCUCGGCUUGUGUGGAAGCUGAGGCUCCCGGUGAGACUGGAUCGUGCCAGAUUUGCCCAGCAGGCAGCUUCUCAGACACCCAUGACACUAAGCCAUGCCGCCCACAUACGUCCUGCAGAGAACUCAACCGCUGGAUCCUCACAGCACCGACCUCACAGUCUGACGCCGUGUGUGGAGUGUGUCUUCCUGGGUUUCACCCUGCUGCUACACGGAAGAACUACACCCUCCACACCUGCGUCAGUAAGCCAUACACUCGUCGCAGACGUAAUGUUGUUAAGGGUACCCCCAGCAGGUCUGGAGUGAGAGGUGCAAACUCCACCGGCGUUAACAAUCCAGAGGAGAAGAGCACAGAGUAUGCCGUUUUUGCACUGGUGCCUAUCUUCUGCGUGAUGGGACUGCUGGGAAUUCUCAUCUGCAAUCUGCUGAAGAAGAAGGGCUACCGCUGCAAUGCCGAGAAAGAUGCAGUGGACGAAGAAUCUGCCACGCCACAGAAAGAAGGAAACCUUUGUCCGUAUGUUAUCGAUGACCCUAAUGAAGACACGAUCAGUGUUCUUGUUCGACUCAUCACAGAGAAGAAAGAAAAUGCAGCUGCUUUGGAAGAACUGUUGCUGGAAUAUGAGAAUAAACAGAUGGCUAUGACCAAAAGCUCAUCUAUCAAGUUUCCGGCUCUUCCACCUUUCUCGCAGUUCCGCUCAUUGCCACGGCUGUGUACCCAUCAGCAUCAUUUGCACACUAUAAAUGGGCUGGCAUCUCUUUCUGGGCUCUGCUGUUCCCGCUGCAGCCAGAAGAAAUGGCCCGAACUGCUGCUGCCCGCCGAUACGCACAAAAACCCCUCUAAGCUGGUCAAGAGCCCCUUGCCCGGAGAUGUCACUGUACUGUCUGUUGGAAGGUUCCAAGUUGCUCAGAUCCCAGAAAUGAAGUCCGCCUCCAAGGAAGUGACCCGGCCGGAAUCAAGCGAUACGGACUCUGUGGACAGUGGCCACACUGGGUCCGUGGAAGAGAGGUCCCUGCUGGGCGUGUCCUCUUCCUCUAACUCCACCUCCUCAAAGACAGACAGGAGAUGAACAUAUGAAAGAUUAGAGGAGGACAUCCAUUGAAGUGACACUACCUUCUGGGGAAUGACAUCAUCAGUAGCCGACACAUCAGGGCAGAUAUGUUGUGGGGAUGUCAGUAUUCAUGCCCUUGGGGAGCCAUGUAUUCAAGACCUUUGGAAACAUUUUUAUUUAUUGCAUAAGUCAUUGAACUAUUUAAUUUUAUUUAAAAAAAAAAAAAUAAAUAAAA